UAAAAUGUUUGUGUUCUAUACAAGCAAAGGGUUGCAUCCACCAAGUCUGGCUUAUGAUACAAUGAAUAUCAUAAUAACCUUUUAUUCAGCCAUUUUGGUUCAUUCAGAGCCAAAUGUAACAUGGGAGACGGGUUUAGAAUGUUGGGUUGUGGAAUGGAACCAUAGAAUGGAAUGGAGGAGGCCCAAGCUGCAGACAGACAGUAUCAGUGAUCAGUGCCUUCAGAAACCCAGAGAGAGAGCCACAACUUUUUACCUGGACCUUCAAACCAUCACUUGUGAACUUUGAAUCUUCCGGCAACUCACAUCCAUCUGAACUUGGGAGAAACCCGCUUUUAUUUCCAACAUUUGGCGGAGGAAGUCCCAACAGAUCUCAACAUAUCUCAAGCGACGACAUCUGCCGAAAUCGGUAAGUUCCUUUACUUUGCCGGUUGUUCUCGCAUCAUAAGCUUUAUCCAAAUGUUACUGUUGUAGCGUUACAUUGUGACUAAAUGUCGUGUGCACAUCUGCACUCCUCUCAGCUUCGACAUCCUGCCAGCAGGUGUCACAUCCCGUGGCUUUAAACAUGGAAAGCGCCCCAUCCGAUCACAACCGUGUGGAAAUAGGUGACUUGCUGAAGUCGGCCUCCUCCAGGUAUCUGGUGGAGUCUGUCCUCGGGCAGGGUACCUUUGGCACGGUUGUUAAGUGCACGAAUGUCGCUGACAACAAGACGGUUGCCAUCAAAAUGAUGAGGGAUCAUGGCGGUUUAGCCUCGCAGGCCAGAAAAGAGGUGGAAGUCCUGUUGACACUUCAACUGCUGGACUCUGACCAAAGCAACCUGGUUGAAUGGUACGGAGCUUUCACCUUCAACCAACACAUCUGUCUGGAGUUUGAGCACCUGGACAAAAGUCUUUUAGACUUCAUGAACGACAGAUCCUUCCAACCUCUCCUCCUGAAGGAAAUCAGACCCAUUGUCAAGCAGGUCGCCAAUGCACUUGAUUACUUGAAGGCUGCUGCGAUAAUACACGCAGACAUCAAGUUCGAGAAUAUUAUGUUGGUGAACCACGCGCAGGAGCCUUACAGGCUUAAAGUCAUCGACCUUGGCCUGGCCCACGAGGUGUCGGACGCAGCCCAGGGCGCCUGCAUUCAGUCCCUUCCGUACAGGUGAGUGACUGGAACCAUGUUGGAUCUGUCGGGGUCGUAGUAGAGGUCAUAUGCUUCAAGUUGUAAAUAAUACAGAUGCCUCUCAAAUUCGUGGACGUUGUCAUCAUGGCGAGUGUGAUCAUGGUUGUUUGUUUCUCGUCUCAGGUCUCUAGAGAUUCUUUUGGGCCUGCCGUAUACCGAGGCCACGGAUAUGUGGUCUCUGGGCUGCGUCGCUGCCUCCCUCUACCUCGGACGCUUCCUCUACCCCGGCAAGACUGAAUAUGACAUGAUGAGGUACAUAGUGGAGACUCAAGGUCAUCCAUCGGACACGCUGCUCACCCCAGGACUGAAAACUGGCUGUUUUUUCCAAUAUAACGGCAACUCCAUGAACCGUAUCUGGAAACUCAAGACACCUGACCAGAUCUUUUGUGAGACCGGGAUUCUGUCGAGAGAGAACAGGUUUAAGAAAGUCAGCUCGCUGUAUUACAUCUUGGAGGCCCAGCGCUUCAGUAGUAAAACGGCGGUUGAUGAAUGUGCCGAGGCGAGAGACAGGAUUCUCUUUCGGGAGCUCCUCCUCGGGAUGCUUGCGUUUGAUGCCGCCAAGAGACUUUCACCCCGUCAAGUGCUCGAGCAUCAGUUCACCAGCAUGCAGCACAUGGUCAGCAGAUACCAUCUCAGCCCCUAUGUACGGUCCUGUUCUGAGAUUAUGGACCUCGGUCAGAACCGGGAAACAGAAAUCAACAAGAUCCCGAAAGACCAUCCAGCUCCGUCCACCUCAAGCGUCAAAAGAAAGAUGGCUGAUGAUGACAACUCUGACCACCACCAGUUCUCCUGUCCUAAAACAAAGAGGGUUCGAAAAAACUCUGCAGCUCCGUCCACCUCAAGCAGCAGUCGUUUAUUUUCACCAAGCGUCAAAAGAAAAAUGGCUGAUGAUGACGACUCUGACCGCCACCAGUUGUCAUGUCCUAAAACACAGAGAGUUAAAAAAACCUCUGCAGCUCCGUCCACCUCCAGCGUCAAAAGAAAGAUGGCUGAUGAUGACAACUCUGACCACCACCAGUUCUCCUGUCCUAAAACAAAGAGGGUUCGAAAAAACUCUGCAGCUCCGUCCACCUCAAGCAGCAGUCGUUUAUUUUCACCCAGCGUCAAAAGAAAAAUGGCUAAUAAAGACGACUCUGACAACCUCCGGCUGUCCAGACCUGAAACACAGAGAGUUCGAAAAAACUCUGUAGCUCCGUCCACCUCAAGCGUCAAAAGAAAGAUGGCUGAUGAUUACAACUCUGACCGCCACCAAUUCUCCUGUCCUAAAACACAGAGAGUUAAAAUGUUUAAAGUUCAAAACUAAAACUUUAAUUGUUAGGCUGACUUUUUUUUCUUCAAACGAACAAAACUAUUUGCCCUGGAUUUGGCUCCCAUACUUCUUCUCCUCCAAUCCUCCUCCAUCACACUGUAGACCUCAAUACUGAGUAUGACUGUCUUAGUUUUGGUUGAUGAAGAUGUGCUAUGUAUGUGCGGCAUCCAACAAGAACGCCGUCUGAUCUCAAGUCAACAAUCACACAAAUAAGUCAGGACCUUCCAUCAAUGAGAAAAGGAGGAGUUCAUAAUAAAGCAUUGCAUUAUACCUAUUGUCUUCAUUCUUUUAUUUGACCGUGACAGUAUUUG